AUAUGCACGCACACUCACAAACACCACAAUUAAACAACCCCCACUAUUUCUCUUUCAUUCACUCAACAAAAUAUUCUCUUUUUUUAUCAAUGGGAAACUGCAACUGUUCAAUGAAAGCAGUGACAGAUGCAAGAAAAUUAGAUUUUAACUUUGCUCGUGUUAUGACAGAUUCUGGAGAAAUAUUAAACCUCAAAGGUCCUAAAUUAGUUCGACAAGUCCUAGAUGAAUUCCCAGGUUACAACAUUUUUAGUUCAAAUCGUUUGUCUUCUCCAUUACAUGAUCAAGAAUUACUCGUCGACGGCGAAUUCUACUAUCUCCUCCCUGUGAUUGAAAAAGAGCCAAUUCGAGUUUCAUCAACUAAUUUGACAAAAGGGUCAGCUAUGGAAGUUUUGCCAGCUCAACGAGAAGGUGUUUGGAGAGUGAAGCUAGUUAUCCAUCCACAGCAAUUAGAGGAAAUAUUAUCAGAGGAAGGGAAUACAGAAGCUUUAAUUGAGCAAAUGAGGAUAGUUGCAACUGCAAAUUCAGCUGCAAAGCACAAAAGAAGUACUUCUUGUGGAGUUAAUUGGAAGUCUACUCUUCCUAGUGUAUUUAAGCUGCCCAAUGAAAAACAGAAUAAAAUACUAGCAUUGGAUCAGUCCUCCACCAGCAGCCCUAAAUAAUGGAUCUUUUGUCUCCAAUAGAGUUUCCGCCGCACGAAUUUGAAUUAGUCAGACCAGUAGAGUGGAAAGAGAUCGAGAUAAAGGAAAGUGAAGUAGCAAAAAAUGGUCCAUUAUAUAGAAGGUAAAUUAGAUUCAACUAUGUACAAGAGUAUAACAAGGAUUUGCCCAAGUAUUAGUGAUAACAUCGAUCGUGAUUUUGAUACGGAGCUGGAACUGCUAACUAGAAUGACAGGUCCUUUAAUAGGACCAAUAGCAGUUGGUUUAUGUUAGUUAUGGAAAAUUACAGGAUUUUCAUUA